AUGAGCGACAGUGUAGACGCAAGUUUCGUGGAGCCUGAAGUAUGGGAACAGUAUCGUUUGGAUAUUCCGGAUGAGUUGAUCCUGCAGUUUGGUGAACCCGAGUCACUGGAAGAGACACCGCAGACGAGCGAGGGGAACAACAACACGAUGCCUGAGGUACAAGUCAUCCUGCCAAUGUCGCCAGUCGUACCGACUCCCCCAUGGCUGAAAACGGCAACGCCAAGCGAGGCAAUCCCACCCGCCUUUAGGCCUCAGGCAGCGGGGCUAGUCCGUACUCCGGAGAUCGACGAUGUCAUGUCGAGCCUGUCCACAGCUACGUCGAGCACCACGGACGUCCGAGUAGCGCAUCACAUCGCGCAAAUAUUGUGGAAGUCUUUCGCACGCAUCGCAGAAGAGAUGGUACCGGCUAUCGGUCCACUAUUUGAAGAGCCGAAUGAAGGGCAGAUCGAACAAUGGUGGACCCCCUUAGCGGACGGUUCAGACACGAUUGUGCCGUUAAAGUUGGGACAAAAUGCGGCGUUGAUGAAGGGAUUGCUCUCGGACUACGGUGUUGCUCUGGACGAGGACGAGGCGACCAGAUGGCUAGUAGAACUGCUGUCGAAUUACUAUUGUUCUGCAGCAGACCUACAAAUCGGGCUGGCGACGCCCAGAUACAAUCCGUACUCGGAGAUGCAUACAUGCAGGUCCUACUUCCGUGGGUGGGCAGCGAACGAGAUCAUGGUUGCGGGGAUUGUUACCUCCCUUCAUGAAACCGACUUUGGGAUUGUCACGACACUCGAGGACGAGACGGGAACGGUGUACGUACAUCAGCAAGCGGACGCAGUGGCGCACGGCGGCGCAACCUCUUAUGAGCGUGCCCACUCUGCUGAGGCGAAUGGGCUUGGUACGGCGAGCACUUCACAUUUCUACGGCGACCCCCGUGCAUCCGAAUACGAAGACCUUGUGGGCGACCUGCAAGGAUGA